AUGGUCAGAGCAAUCUUCAAGGGCAAAAUUCUAGCCACGGCCGGACCGAUGCCGGGCCAGUUCACGGAGGAGAACAUGGCGCGCUGGACCGCGCUGCGGGGCGGCACUCUCUCCCCAGAGCUGAACGACAGAGUAACGCACCUUCUCGCGACAAUGGAGCAGUUCGAGAAGCGGGUGCCCCGAGGGCUACACGCAGUCAAAGAAGCGCUGAAAAGGUUCAAGCACGUUCACCUCCUCUCCCUCGACUGGUUCGAUUUAUCUUGCCAGACCAACAAGAAAGAGCGGGAGCGCGACCAUGACCUCCGCGCGAGCCUGCGAGAGCAACAAAAGCGCAAGCGGGAACUCGUCCGGUUCCGAAAAGCAGAGGAUCCUGAAGACAGAUUCGUGAAUACCAAUCUCUUUCACGUGUUCCGAGACGAGACCGGACUUUUGUACGAGAUUACCCUCACGAGAGACGACGUCGAAAGUGGCAACACUGAUUCUCCCUCCCCCGCUUCCCGCCGGAAAGGAAACACCUUCUCUCAGUACCUAUAUCCCCGGAGCACCAUUCCCCAACCCUCCUCCCUCUAUUCCCAUCUAAAAAAAAGUAAAUUUUUCGAGUCCAACGCGCAACCUCCACUGUAUUGGUUCGCCGCCAAAUUCUGGCGACAUCCACGCGACGCCGCGCCCAGCUUCCACAGACCCACGACGUGCUCGGGCCUGCGGACCGAGCAGUUCCACCACUUCGCGUCCUUCUUCAAGGUCAAGACGGGUAUUCGGUGGGACGAAAGGGUGGAGAAGGCUGGAACGACCCCUAGGAGUAUGUUUCAAUACUCCCCCUUGGUAGGAAAUCCUACGUUGCCCGAGUUGGAUAUACAGACCCAAGUUCCUGCUUUAGGCAAAGUUGAUGUGGAAGCUUGCACCCUGAAGCAGGCGAGGAAGCAUCCCCGCCAAGAACUAGCCCGGACGAUGAUCAAGAUCGCAGCAGCCAUUAAAUUUGACACCCCAGAUACCGUUAACGUUAAGCUUCAUGGUCACAUUCCCUAA